UGAGCAACAUGGACUCUUGGUGUAAAGCCUGUGGAGAGGGAGAACUUCCUUCUGAGCUACAGGACCUGGAAGACACCAUCCACCACCACCAGGGUCUCUAUGAACACAUAACCACUGCCUAUUCUGAGGUAAGUCAGGAUGGCAAAGCCCUGCUAGAUAAGCUACAGCGGCCUUUGACCCCAGGAAGUGCAGAUUCGCUGACAGCCUCGGCUAACUACUCCAAGGCGGUGCACCAUGUUCUGGAUAUCAUUCAUGAGGUUCUGCAUCACCAGAGGCAGUUGGAGAACAUCUGGCAACACCGCAAACUUCGUCUUCACCAACGGCUACAGCUCUGCGUCUUCCAACAGGAUGUCCAGCAG